GCCCCGGGUGAGCAUCUCCGGGUGUACGUACGCCCGGAUCUCGAACCUAUUUUUAUCUCUGUUUUUUACACCGAUUUCGCCAGCAGUGGAAAACUCGCGUGUGUUUUAAUGCGGGAAUGUUGUUUAGAGAGUUUGAGUGAGUUUGGAGAGUGAAUUCGCCUCGGCAAUUUGGAAAUCUAGCCGGAGGAAGCGAGAAAAAAAAGUUUUCAGAGAAGUGUUGUUUGGUGCAUCUUGGCCAAUACUCCAUUUUAUUCUUCUUAAAAAAAUCAUAGAUAAGAUACAACCUAGUGAAUUUGUGUGUGUGUUUGUGUUUUUAUUUUUUUAAAUUUUGUUCGUGCCCAUAUCUUCAACGAGACCAAAGUGCAUUUUAUAGGAUUUACUCGUGGAUAUUUUAUCGUUAUGGCGUGUGUUGAGAAUGAGGCAUGGUAGUGAGGACGGGGCCACCGUAGCCAUGGCGUGGUGCUGUGUGCCAGGGAGGGGGCGCUACUCCCCCCUUGUGGCCCCCCGUGUUCCCCCCACCCCCACCUGUACCGCCCCCGCCGCCUCUACUGCCGCCCACGCCCCUGCGAGACGCCCGCUGCUGCUGCUGCUGUCCGUGGUCGUCGUCGUCGUCGCCAGCCUCGCGUCCUCCGUACAAGCUUACGGUACGCCAACAUUCGAGCGGCCGCGCUACCGGACGGCGUACGCGUGCGAAGGCUCCAUCCUCAGCAUGGAGUGCGACCCGGAUCACGUGAUCAACCUCAUCCGGGCCAACUACGGCCGCUUCAGCAUCACCAUCUGCAACGAGCAUGGCAACACCGAGUGGUCCGUCAAUUGCAUGAGUCCCCGGUCGCAUCGCGUCCUGCACGAUAAGUGCAGCCAACGACAGAACUGCAGCGUGGCGGCGUCCACGAGGGGCUUCGGCGACCCCUGCCCCGGCACCCUCAAGUACUUGGAGGCGCAUUUCCAGUGUGUCCCUGUGAGUCCGCCCCAGCACACCGCGCGCCCCCGCCCGCACUGGUUCAUCGCCACCAAGACGACCGUCAGCUCCAUUACGGAGGACGACCCUCUCCUUCCGUCGCCGCCCACGAAGAUCAGUCCCGCCGGCGCGGGCGGAAGCGGCGCCAGUGGGCGGCCUGUUACCGACGGCGUAGAGCGCGAGGGCGGCCUGGGCGGCGGCGUCGAAGGAAGCAUAGAGGGAGGCGACGGCACGGGAGUCGUGGGCGGCGCCGCCGACGUCGUGGGCGCCGACCUCGGCAACCGGCUGAAGGGGACGCCCGCAGAGGACCUUCCGCAGACGACCACCUCCACCACGACCACGACGACGCUGCGCCCGCCGCCGUGGCUCAUCACCAACACCACCAAGAACACCACGACCUCCACCACCACCUCCUCCACCACGUCAACGACCACCUCGACCGCGAAGCCGUCGUCCUCGACCACGUCCACCACGGCGCGCCCCAACACCAAUCUGGAGGCGCCCGCCGUCCCCUCCGAGGGCGGCUCCGAGGGCGGCAGAGACGAGCACGAGCACCGGGACGCGGCCAAGGGCGCCGCCACCGACGGCCCAGUCGCGCCCGACGCCGACAGAGUGUCCACCUCGACCAUCUCCACCACCACCGUGUGGGCCCCGCGCGCCGAGGUGCCCGCCACGGAGGUCGGCGUGCCCAUCAGCGAGGCCUCGUGGUGCCCGCCGUCGUCCGGCCGCGGCCUGUUCUGGAACUGGACUCAGGGCGGCGAGGUGGCCGUGCAGCCGUGCCCGGGGGGCGCCUCGGGCUGGGCGCGCCGCCCCUGUAACCCGCUCGGCUGGGCGGGCCCCGCUGACCUCAGCGAGUGCCGCAGCGUGUGGCUGACGACGCUGACGUCGCGCGCGCACACCAACGACGCAGUGCUGGCGGUGGCGCACGACCUGGCCACGGUGACGGGGUCGCGGGCGCUCUACGGCGGCGACGUGACGGCCACGGCCAGGCUCCUGAACAGCCUGGCGCGGCGCAUGGCGGACGACGUCAGCAACUUUCCCGAUCGCGCCCAACGCGAGGCCCUCGUCACGGAGCUCGUCGGCGCCGCCAUCGCCACGGGCUCGCACCUCAUGGGCGGCCAGCGAGACGCGUGGGCCGACCUGCGCCCGCCCGAGCACAGGGCGGCGGCCACCGCGCUGCUGCUAGGCCUGGAGGAGGCCGCCUUCCUCCUGGCCGACAACCUGCACCACGAGAAGACCGUCAACCACGCCGAGUCCAACAUCUUGCUGCGCCUUCAGGUGGUGGAGACGCGCAACGUGGCCGCUGUCACCUUCCCUUCGCCGGGAGAGACGUGGCUGCAGCCGCCGCCCACACGCCCCUCGGACCCCUCGGACGCGCCCACGGGACACCCGUCAACCACGUUGGGAGACCUCGACGCCCCCGCCGUUGCCACCUCCUCCUCCUCGGCGUCGUCGUCGUCGUCCUCCUUCGACCCGACGAACAGCCUGCAGGAUCCCGAGACGCCCCCGCCCGCGCCCCAGGACACCAUCACGCUCCCCCCGGAGGCGCUGCUCGAGAACUCCGAGAACGGCCUCGUCAAGAUGGUCUUCUUCAGCUACGACGGCCUCCAUCACCUCCUGCAGCCCGACGGGAGGUCCUACAGGAUCAACGAGGCCAACUUCAAGCCUCCCCACCAGGGCGUGAAUGAAACCCGCGUGCUGAACUCCCGCGUCGUGUCGGCCUCCCUGGGCGCCGGACGUCACAUUGAACUGCCGGAGCCUGUCGUCCUCACGUUCACCAUGAUCAGGACAGUGAACGUCACCAACCCCGCCUGCGUCUUCUGGGACUACACCACCAGCUCGUGGUCGGAGGAAGGGUGCCGCGUCCUGCGCUACAACACGAGCCACACGGUGUGCCAGUGCGACCACCUGACGAACUUCGCCGUGCUGAUGGACGUGCACGCGACGCCCCUGGCCUACUCGCACCACCUGGCCCUCUCCAUCAUCACCUACGUCGGCUGCGUCAUCUCCAUCGUGUGCCUGCUCCUCGCCACCAUCGUGUUCCAUGCCUUUAGGGGCCUGAAGAGUGACCGAACGACCAUCCACAAGAACCUGUGCGUGUGUCUCCUGAUCGCCGAGACGGUGUUCCUGGCGGGCGUGAACCAGACGGACAAGCCGGUGGUGUGCGGCGUCGUGGCUGGCCUCCUGCACUUCUUCUUCCUCGCCGCCUUCGCCUGGAUGUUCAUGGAAGGUUUCCAGCUGUACGUGAUGCUGGUGGAGGUGUUCGAGGCCGAGAAGUCGCGCGUCCGGUGGUACUACGGCGCCGCCUACGGGUUCCCGGCGGUGGUGGUGGCCGUGAGCGCCGUCAUCGACCCCUUCAGCUACGGCACCGAGGACGCGUGCUGGCUCAGGGCGGACAACUACUUCAUCUUCGCCUUCGUGGGGCCCGUCAUCGCCGUGAUCAUUGCCAACUCCAUUUUCCUGACGAUGUCUCUGUUCAUCAUGUGUCGCCACGCCAACCUCUCGGCCUCCGUCAAGAACAAGGAACACACUAAGUUGGCCUCCGUCAGGAGCUGGGUCCGAGGCGCCGUCGUGCUGAUGUUCCUGCUGGGGCUGACGUGGACCUUCGGCCUCCUCUACCUCAACCAGGCCUCCGUCGUGAUGGCUUACGUGUUCACCGUCCUGAACUCGCUGCAGGGCCUGUUCAUCUUCAUCUUCCACUGCGUCCAGAACGACAAGGUGAAGAAGGAGUUACGUAGGGCGGGUCGCCGACACCCCUGGCUGCGGGCGUGCCUGUGCGCCGCCCACGACCGCUCGCAGACCGGCAAGGACGCCCGCACCUCCCACAAUGCCGCCUCCCACUCACAGUCGAACUCGCACUCCUCGCAUACACUGGUCCCUCGCCUGACGUCCGGCCGCUGGACUCGGGGGGGAAGCAAGAACAGCACCACCACCUCCUCCUCGCAGGCCGGGGGGGGAAUGCCCCACCUGCCUGCGGGGGCGUCGGGAGCAGCAGCGGGGGGAGCGGGAAUGGGAAUGGGGGCGGGCCCGGUGCGGGCGGGGUCGCUGUCCAGGGCCUCCCUCUCCAGGGGGUCGCUGGGCAGGGGGUCCCUCUCCCGGGCCUCGCUCUCCCGCACCCCCCAGAGGAACAGCAGCAGCCGCUCGGCUCGCCUCCACCACCACAACCUGCACACCCGCACCGCAGCGCUCGACCACGAAGAUGAGAAGUACUCGUUUAAGUCGUGCGGCCGAGACAGCGGCCACGGCGGCUCCGAGCAGGAGGACUCGCCUCGCGCCGGCCCCGCCGCCAAGCUGGCCGCCCUGCGCCUCAACAACAACGUGGCGCCGCACCUGCCGCCCGACCACCUGAUCAACCCCUUCACCACGGCCGCAGGCGCUGCCGCAGCCGCCGUCGGCCACGACCAGCCGUCGCCCGGCCCCGAGGCCCUGCUGCCCGACUACCGCCUGGGCGGGGAGGCGCCCACACUGCGCCUGCCGUCGUCGGGCGCCGGGCCCCGCGGGCACCGCACGCACUCGCCCUGGAACCACACCUACACGGAGAUCCCUGACGGCGCCGCGGCGGCCGGCGUGCGCGGCGCAGGUGGCGACGGCGGCAGCGACCCCGUCUACGAGGAGAUCGAGCGCGAAGGGCGCUCCGAGCUGCAGGUCAGCGACCUGAGCGACGAGGACGGGCGGCGCCACAGCUCGGACAUCUCGCGGCAGUCGUCGCGCUCCUACGGCGACCACCGCCCCCUGCUGCCCUACACCCUGCCGGACCGCCACUCGGGCCCCCACCACCACCAGCCGCUGCCGCAGUACGACCCGCGCCUCAAGGCCCGCCCGCGCCACCCCGACGGCCUCGACGACUCGCACACGCUGCCCGGCGGCCGCCUGGGGCCGCACCUGGGCGGCCACAUGGACCACACCGUGGUGAGCCCGGGCCACAUCCUGCCCAUGUCGCAUCCCGCCGUGACCUCCGCCCACGCCCUGCCCCCCGGCAACGGCCACAUCAGCGGCCACCAGUAUCUGGAGGCGGCGGCGGCAUCCGGCGGCCAGCGCCUGGCGGACGGCGAGCGGGACGUGCUGGACGCGAUGGCGCAGUACAGCCCGGCGGUGCUGUCGGCGCUGGGGCAGGCGCUGCCGGUGGUGCACCCGCUGAGCGAGCCCAACCUGCGCAACUGGGAGGCGGCCCAGCGGCACCGCGACCUGCAGCAGCUGCAGCAGCUGGGCGAGAUGACGGUGGCGGUGCUGAGCGGCGAGCAGGUGGUGUGCAAACUGAAGCCGCCGCUGGCGCCCAUCCAUGAGAACGCGGGCGCGACGACGCAGGUGGAGCGCCACCCACAGCCGCCCACCUACAGCCACUGUUAAGAUCCGUGUACAGUCCUAGUUGUGUACAUACGUGUAUAGUGCUUUAAACCCAUUAAAGGCCUUUACGCUUUAUGAAUGUAGGUAUGCGAGUGUGCGAAAAAGUGUAAAGUAAACUCACGAUAAUCAUUAAUCUCUGUUCUUUAGACGCUGACGACGCAAAGGAAACGAAAAAGUGGACCGACGGCGAGUCUUUCGCAAAGUGAACAUGAUGAACAAGUGACUCACUGACUCGGUUUUCCCUCGCGAGGAAAGAGAGGAUUGCCGGUUGGCUGUCAUCCUAGUCAGGUCGCAAGCAGGAGGAGGAACACCGCUGCUGUGUGUCCAUCCUUCGAGGCGAAUUCCUAUCGAAAUGCCAAAAUCAAAGGUGGUCCUGCUUCCUUCCUUAAGUGUGAACUUAUAAAACAUUUCACGGGAGACAGUACUUGUGUUAAAGAAAAACUGAGAUAGAAAAAAAAAAUGUUUUUUUAGGAGGACACAGAAAGCGAGACUUUCAGAAAGUCGAAUUCAGACGAAAAACAAAAACGAAAAAAAAAAACACGAAGGGGAAUAAAUGAUGACGAUGGUUUGGAUGUGAAAUUACACGAGUAUUUUUUGCUUGCAUUUCUUUCCAUUAACUCUCGGCACUCCAGCUCCUCCUGCUGUGACCAUCGCCAGGCACGCUGCUCCCGGACCCCGCUCGCUGACUGAAGCAACAGCAGCAGCAGCUCCGACGUGUGUGAACUUAUUUAUUGCACAAUUUCUUUGGAUGAUGAUGAUGAUGGUGACUGAUGAUGACGGUGGCGAUGAUGAUAAAAAAAAAUAUUCCCAUAAAAAAAACGGCAAAAAUACUUUGUAGAUAGUCACAUUAAGGACACAUAAUGAACUUAAGGAGAAUUCUGUUUUUUGUGACCAUUGGAACCAAUCUAUGGAGUGUUUCCUUCAAGCAUUACAGGAUAUCAGAUGCGGCUUAAGAGGCCUUUCUUUGCAUUUUAUUUGCAUAUUUUUUUGUUCUUUUUUGUCUGCUUUGUUUCAGGAAGUUCUUCGUAGGAUCAAGUAACCCAAGUUCAGAUUUAGGAAGCUCUAUUUGAUCGACGAUUUAAAUGAAAUAAAAAUAGAAAAAAAAAGUAAGAGAGUGGAUCGUCUAGGCUCACAACAAGAGGAACCCAGCGAGAACGUCCCUUGUAGAAAGACAAUGUAGAUAAUGCUAAAAUGGUUGUAAAGUAGAGUGAGGAGAAGAAUGCUGAGAGAGAGAGAGAGAGAGAGAGAGAGAGAGAGAGAGAGAGAGAGAGAGAGAGAGAGAGAGAGAGAGAGAGAGAGAGAGAGAGAGAGAGAGUACGCGCGUGCAUGCGUUGAAUGAGUUCGUAAGUGAGUGAGUGUGAGAUAGUAAGAGAGAGAGAAUAAUUUGAUGUUGAAUUCCACAGCAUCUGAGUUUGAGCGUAAGAGUGAGAGACAAAAAAUAAAACAAAUGGACAAUUUAAUCAUGACGAUAACCUCGAAAACAACCAUCUUUAAAAAGAAAAGAAA